AUGCAGGAUGGACAGGAUGGACAGGAUGAACAGGAUGGACAUGGUGGACAUGUGGACAUGGUGGACAGGAUGGACAUGGUGGACAGGAUGGACAGGAUGGACAGGAUGGGCAUGGUGGACAUGGUGGACAGGAUGGACAGGAUGGACAUGGUGGACAGUAUGGACAGGAUGGACAUAUUGGACAGGAUGGACAUGGUGGACAUGGUGGACAGGAUGGACAUGGUGGACAUCGUGGACAGGAUUGACAGGAUGGACAGGAUGGACAUGGUGGACAUGGUGGACAUGACGCGGCUGACCGACCAGAGCAUUAACAAAGAAAACCUCAGGUAUACGGACCAAACGCGAGCUGACCGAGGUAUUCAGACAAAAACGGCGCCGUCUCCGACAGGAUCUUCCGACGGACAUACAACAAGAUGCAAUGACGAUCCAAAGGAUGGAAAAAGUAACGACAAGGUUAAACAAAUCAAUUUCGAGGAUUCCCACUUUCAUAAAGACAACGACACAGUUGCUAAAACACUCGAGAAAAACAUUCGAGUAUUAUGUUGGGUCAUGACAAGUCCACAGAAUUUAGAGGACAAAGCCAUUCACGUGAAACGCACGUGGGCCAAACGGUGUAGCGUUUUAGUGUUUAUAAGUUCUACUACAAAUACAAGCUUCCCAACAAUCGGACUCAACGUGUCAGAAGGCCGGGAAUAUCUUACUGCAAAAACAAUGGGAGCCUUUAGGUACGUUUAUGACAAACACUUGAAUGACGCCGAUUGGUUUGUUAAAGCAGACGAUGAUACAUAUAUGAUCUUAGAAAACCUUCGUUAUUUCCUACAGUCCUACUCAAAGGACGACCCUGUAUAUUUCGGACACCACUUUAAGACUAUAGUAAAACAAGGGUACUACAGUGGAGGGGCGGGGUAUGUCCUAAGUAAGGAAGCGCUCCGGCGACUCAAUGAAAAUGGCAAGGACCCUAAAAUGUGUCGCCAAGAUGGCGGCGCGGAGGACGUCGAAUUCGGGAAGUGUAUGGAAAAUUUAGGUGUUAAAACCGCAAAUUCUACAGACGCUUUAGGACGAAGUAGAUUCCAUUGUUUCGAUCCGGAAACACAUUUAUUUGGAGACUAUCCAGAUUGGUACAAUAAGUACGAUGCUAAUGGGGCUAAGCAGGGUCCAGAGAGUAUCAGUGAUUACGGUACAGAGAGUAUCAGUGAAUAUGCCAUCUCGUUCCACUACGUACCACCUAAGAAGAUGUACGCAUUGGAGUUUUAUAUCUAUCAUCUACGUCUUUAUGGGAUUGAAUCUGGCCACCAGCAUCUCAACCUACCUACACAUUAA